AUGGCAUCAUUCACAGCACGUUGUUUGUUGACAACACUUUUAUGCCUCACACACGGUUCCCGUGCCGCAGUCGUCCGUCAACCAGCAAACACCACGAGCUGUUACAGGACCAAAGUUGCAAUCCUGGGCGCAGGCGUCGCUGGCAUUACAGCAGCACAGGCGCUAUCCAACGCAUCCAUAACAGAUUUCUUGGUUGUUGACCGGAAUAACUACAUCGGCGGAAGGGUCGCGCACACAAGCUUCGGCUCUGAUCAAAACGGCUCAUCGUACACAGUUGAGCUCGGCGCCAAUUGGAUUCAGGGACUGGGAUCACCGGGUGGGCCGGAGAACCCUAUAUGGACCUUGGGGAAAAAAUAUAAACUAGAUAACACAUUCUCAGAUUACGAUUCACUCUUGACAUACGAUGAGGCCGGAGCUAAUGAUUACUCUGAAAUUCUGGACGCAUUUGAUACUGCGUAUGAUAUUGCAGAGGAUGAAGCUGGAAGGAUACUCACCGAGAACCUUCAAGAUACCAACACACGUGUUGGAUUCAGCUUAGCGGGUUGGAAACCCCGGAAGGACAUGCAUGCCCAGGCCGUGGAGUGGUGGAGUUGGGAUUGGGAGACGUCAUAUUCUCCGGACGAUAGUAGCUUCGAGUUCGGCAUCGCAGGGUCCAAUCUUACCUUCAACCAAUUCAGCGACGAGAACAACUUGGUCUGGGACCAGCGAGGGUUCAAUGCCUUCGUGAUCGGCGAGGCCAGUGAGUUCCUCACUCAGAACGACUCACGACUCCUCUUGGAAACGGUAGUCACGAGCAUCAGUUAUUCCCAGCAGGGUGUCGUGGUGGAUCUUGAAGGCGGUGGUUGUAUCGAGGCGGAUCAUGCUGUCUGCACCUUUUCGCUGGGUGUUCUGCAAAACGAAGUCGUAGACUUCCAGCCGCCGCUGCCACGUUGGAAAGCUGAGGCAAUUGAGCUGUUCCAGAUGGGAACGUAUACCAAGAUCUUCCUGCAGUUCAAUGAGACAUUCUGGGACCCCGAUACGCAGUUCUUCCUCUACGCUGAUCCGGACACCCGUGGCUACUAUCCGGUUUGGCAGUCAUUAUCAGCCCCUGGAUUUCUAGAGGGUUCUAACAUCAUUUUCGCCACGGUUGUGGGUUCCGAGUCUUACCGGAUAGAACAACAACCGGAUGAACAAACCAAGGCAGAAUGCUUGGCUGUCUUAUCAGCCAUGUUUCCUGAUAUCGACAUACCCGAUCCUAUUGCGUUUUUGUACCCUAGGUGGAGCCAGGAAGAGUGGGCGUUCGGCUCAUAUAGUAACUGGCCUCCCGGAAUGACGCUCGAAAAGCACCAAAAUCUCAGGGCUAACGUUGACCGGCUAUGGUUCGCGGGAGAGGCCAAUUCAGCAGAAUACUUUGGGUUUUUGCACGGUGCCUGGUUUGAAGGCCAGGAGGUGGGCAUGCGCAUCGCUUCGUUAUUGGGCAAUAAUAUCACCUCCAGGGGGAACGCUACGAGCGGCUAUAUGACAAGAUAUGAGGUUCUCCAUGGGACUACCGACCUGUGGGAGUAUAACGCAGCAAAUGGGUGGCCAACUAGUAGUUUUGUGGUGAAUGAUGCCAGCUAG